AGGAAUCUUGGCUCGAGUGCCUUUGGCUCGUGGCAGCCCCGCGCCUGCUGCGGAGCCCCACGCGUCCGGCGUCUUCUUGUCCUUCUCGAGCCCCGGACCCUACCUGUCUGCGCCGUUUUCCAAGGUGGAUCGACAUGUGAGUAUCCCCGGGCUCGAGACUGGGCGAGAGCGCCCCGCUCGAAAAGAAUUGAGGCGCCAGGAUCUCUUGGGGGUAGCGCGCCGCCCGCCCGCUCGCGGCGGCCUGGGCCGCCCAGGGGGGGCGGGGGGGCACCCAUGGAGCGCCUCGACGCCCUGCGGCGCAAGAGCAGCCUGCUGCUCGCGCUCCAGGGGGCGUGGGACGGGCUGGACGACGGGGCCCCGUCCGCCGCCGACCAGGCGGACCUUGCGGGCGCGCUGCUGGCGCUGCUGGACGCGUGCGGAGGGGAUGCCGGCGCGCUGGCGCGGAGCGCGGAGCUCGUGGCGCGCCUGGUGCCCCAGCUGCGGCCGGGGGCGCUGCAGGCCGCCUCGCAGGCCGCCCUGGCGCCCGUGGGAGGCCACGCCCCUGCGAGGGCCCUGCCGGCGGCGUCGGAGGCUCCGCCGGCGCCCGGUGGCCCAGGGGCCGCCGCGCCGCUGGAG